CAUCAGUGAGCCACAUACUCAUCGACUUUCAUUGCAUCGAGCCGGAUGUAGUUCUUGCUACCCCUUCUGCGGGAUUUUUCUGGUGUCAACUUACGUCGCAAAUCCAAUCUUGCUGCCAUAAUGUCUGACGCCGACUUUGAAGCCGUCCGGAAGCUCCAAGCCGAGCGCAAUGCCGCUGCAGCUGGAAAAAAAGGUUCAAAGACCUUUGAUGCGUCUAACCAACGCACUGACGUUUCGACAAAGGCCUCCCUCACCGAAAACUUCGAUACGACCCUGUAUGACCGUGACGGCGCAGAUAAGUUUGCUGGCUACAGCACUUCGAUCGCAGUUGAUGGCGAAGAUGAAGAGAUGGAGGAUGUGGAUGGAGGGCACCGUCUUGUCGGACAGUAUACCGCAACAAGAGCCCAGAUAGACGAGAUGGCCCAUGGUAAUGGUGUCGAAGAAGAGGAUAUACUCCUUGGACGCGAGAAAGCGGCAAGGAUUGCAGACCGUGAGACUGACUAUCAGAAGCGGCGGUUCAACCGCGGACCUUUGACGCCGACUAGGGCCGAUCCCUUCGCCGCGAAUGCCCAUGCGAAUGUGGAAGCCGAAGGCCAGACUUACCGUGAAGUUAUGGCCCUCCGCGAGCUUGAGAAAGAGGAAGAACGUGUAAGAAAACUCAUUGAAGAGAAACAGGCUCGUGGAGCAAACGGCGUCGAGCAUCACGAAGCUACCUUAAAGUUGGAGGAAAGCGACAAGGAAAAUGCCGAGUCGGGAGCUACCGUUACGGUUGCGACCGGCCGCAAGAGGAAACAGAGGUGGGACGUUUCUUCUGAGCCCACCCCUUCACCUGCUGCCGCUGAAGUUUCUCAGCCUACCGAGACAAAACCUAAGAGGUCCCGUUGGGAUCAAACUCCCGCUCCAGCGCCUCCAGUGGAAGCCCCCAAACGUCGUUCAAGAUGGGAUCAAGCGCCUGCCCUUGGGGCAGCUACGCCUGUCGGCAAUGCUGGCCUCGCAACUCCCAUGCAUCCUUCUCAAGUAGGUGCGCCUGUAAUGCCAACUAGCUUUGGGACUGAUAUCUCGAACCGCAAUGCCCCCUUGACGGACGAGGAACUUGAUAUGAUGCUCCCUUCGGAAGGCUACAAGAUUCUCGAGCCUCCUCCGGGCUAUGCUCCAAUCCGAACUCCUGCAAGGAAGCUCAUGGCAACUCCAGCUCCUGUUUCCACCUCCGCUGGAGUAGGCGGAUUCAUGAUGCAGGAACCCGAGAGCGCUCGCGUUCUUGGAAAACAGCUCCCGACUGAUAUCCCGGGAGUUGGUGAUCUUCAGUUUUUUAAGCCGGAAGACAUGGCUUAUUUUGGCAAGUUGAUGGACGGGGGCGAUGAAAGCGUGAUGUCUGUCGAAGAGUUGAAAGAGAGGAAAAUCAUGAGACUGCUCUUGAAAGUCAAGAACGGCACACCACCCAUGAGAAAGACGGCUUUGCGUCAACUCACAGAUAAUGCGCGGCAAUUUGGAGCGGGGGCCCUCUUCAAUCAGAUCCUUCCUCUACUUAUGGAAAAGUCGCUCGAGGAUCAGGAGCGUCACUUGCUGGUCAAGGUUAUCGACCGUGUGCUUUAUAAGCUUGACGACCUCGUUCGGCCCUAUGUUCAUAAAAUUCUUGUUGUCAUUGAGCCUUUGCUCAUUGACCAGGACUAUUAUGCCCGUGUCGAAGGUCGUGAGAUAAUCUCCAACCUUGCUAAGGCAGCCGGUCUUGCUACCAUGAUCAGUACGAUGCGGCCGGAUAUUGACCACGUUGAUGAGUAUGUCCGAAACACCACCGCUCGAGCCUUUGCCGUGGUUGCCUCGGCACUUGGUAUUCCAGCUCUACUACCUUUCCUCCGUGCUGUCUGUCGCAGCAAGAAGUCUUGGCAGGCAAGACAUACUGGGGUUAAGAUUGUCCAGCAGAUACCCAUUCUAAUGGGUUGCGCUAUCCUUCCUCAUCUCAAAGGCCUGGUCGAUUGCAUUUCCGACAACCUCAGUGAUGAGCAGGCAAAGGUAAGGACUGUCACGGCCUUGGCUGUGGCAGCGUUAGCUGAAGCUGCUAAUCCGUAUGGUAUUGAAAGCUUUGAUGAAAUUCUAAACCCUCUUUGGACCGGGGCCCGAAAGCAGCGAGGCAAGGGUCUCGCUGCGUUCCUUAAGGCAGUGGGCUACAUUAUCCCUCUUAUGGAUGAAGAAUAUGCCAAUUACUAUACAAGCCAGAUUAUGGAGAUCCUGCUCAGGGAGUUUUCAUCCCCUGAUGAGGAGAUGAAGAAGGUCGUCCUCAAAGUGGUAUCACAGUGCGCUAGUACAGACGGGGUGACAGCUAGUUAUCUCAAGGAACACGUCCUUUCUGAUUUCUUUAAGAGCUUCUGGGUGCGGCGGAUGGCCCUCGACAGAAGGAAUUACCGCCAAGUCGUGGACACUACUGUCGACCUAGGACAAAAAGUAGGAGUGGGCGAGAUUUUGGAACGCAUUGUAAACAAUCUGAAAGAUGAAAGUGAACCUUACCGGAAGAUGACGGUGGAAACGGUGGAGAAGCUGGUGGCGGCUCUGGGAGCGGCGGAUAUCUCAGAAAGAUUGGAGGAACGACUAAUCGACGGCGUUCUUUAUGCUUUCCAGGAGCAAAGCAUUGAAGACAUUGUCAUCUUGAACGGGUUCGGUACUGUGGUGAAUGCACUUAGCACACGAUGCAAGCCAUACCUUCCGCAGAUCGUCAGUACCAUCCUAUGGAGGCUGAACAAUAAAUCGGCCACUGUCCGCCAGCAGGCUGCGGACCUCAUCUCGCGCAUUGCCAUGGUUAUGAAACAAUGCGGCGAAGAUGCACUAAUGGGAAAACUUGGUAUUGUCCUUUAUGAAUAUUUGGGUGAAGAAUACCCCGAGGUUCUCGGAUCCAUUCUGGGUGCGUUACGGUCCAUUGUCACUGUGGUCGGUAUUAACCAGAUGCAACCACCGAUCCGAGACCUCCUCCCUCGUCUCACUCCCAUCCUCCGCAAUCGUCAUGAGAAGGUGCAAGAGAACACUAUCGACCUGGUCGGCCGUAUUGCCGAUCGUGGUCCCGAGUCAGUCAACGCUCGAGAGUGGAUGCGUAUCUGCUUUGAACUUCUAGAUAUGCUCAAGGCCCAUAAGAAAGGCAUUCGCCGGGCUGCCAAUAACACGUUUGGUUUCAUUGCUAAGGCUAUCGGACCGCAAGAUGUUUUGGCAACAUUGCUCAACAACCUCCGUGUGCAAGAACGUCAAUCCCGUGUGUGCACCGCAGUUGCCAUUGGUAUUGUGGCUGAAACUUGUGCGCCUUUCACCGUUCUUCCAGCUCUCAUGAACGAAUACCGCGUUCCGGAGCUCAACGUGCAGAACGGUGUCUUGAAGGCUAUGUCAUUCCUGUUUGAAUACAUUGGCGAGAUGGCUAAGGACUACGUCUAUGCUGUCACGCCGCUCCUCGAGGACGCGCUUAUCGAUCGGGACCAAGUUCACCGCCAAACAGCAGCCAGUGUCGUCAAGCAUAUCGCCCUUGGUGUCGUUGGUCUUGGAUGCGAAGACGCAAUGGUCCAUCUUUUGAACCUCGUAUUCCCCAACAUCUUCGAGACAAGCCCUCAUGUCAUCGAUCGUGUGAUCGAGGCCAUUGACGCGAUUCGCAUGGCUGUAGGCACAGGAGUGGUGAUGAACUACGUCUGGGCAGGACUGUUCCAUCCGGCUCGCAAGGUCCGGACCCCAUAUUGGCGGCUGUACAAUGAUGCCUACGUACACAAUGCGGACGCCAUGGUGCCGUAUUAUCCCGACCUGGAGGAUGAUGGGCUGGCUAGACUGGAGCUGGCGAUUGUACUUUGAUAAGUCUUUCUGCGGGUUUUCUCUAUUCUACUUGUCUAAUCGUUCUUAUUUCUGAUGCGGUGUUGUUGUUGAUAUUGGGCGUAGGGGUUAUAGCUGUAUUCUGUAUCUAUUACUGGCCUCUUGUAGCAAAGGUCGAAUGGCAAUAUGCUUCUCAUGGAUUACAGCGUACACAAUUAAUAAAUACGGAUUUGCUCAGUAAUCAAAACGAGUCUUGGAUUGGUCGUGAAAUGUACCUGUCCCAAGGGUUGUCUUCGUAAACCGCCGCGGCGUCCGGCAAGCCAUUGAUAUCUGCCAAGACCAAACCCGGACACGAACAAGCAACGGAAGUGAAGAAUCAGAAAAAGAGAACGGC